AUGACGCCCAACCAACAACUACCAUCCCAGAAGGGAUGGUCAUCACUUGAGCAACUCCCGCAGGGGGUGCUUGAGAGAAUAGCCGAGUUCUGCGGCGACAUUGCCAUCCUCUCCCCAACCGAGCAACCUGAUCAAUUCACCGAAAACAUCGUCGAUUCAGCGGCCUCAAAUGCAUGGGAACCACACUACCAGGACCUUCGCUCACUGGCGCUUACUUCCACGAGCUUAGCCUACCCGGCUCAGCGCGCCCUGCACUACGUCCGCUACUUCGUAGCUCGCAUUACAGAUCAUAUGCGCCCACUACCCAUCAGAUUCGUCCGGCCCCAGCCCCUUGUAAUGGCAAGCUUCAUGCGCAAUCUCUACCCUGUUCUCUCGACUCCCAUAGCCGGUGCUCUUCCCGAGCACAGCUUUCUUCGCCAAACGCUCAUAAGCGCCAUCGACACUCUCACCGGAAGUGAUCCUUCAGAAUGGGGCAAUUUGAUGAUCCAGAUCGUCGGCGAAACCGGUGUGAACUUUCACACCAUAGAGGAUCAAGUUCUCCCGGCGGCCGUGCAACUCUGUCCCCGCCUCGUAGCUACUCGUUUCUGCUUUGGUGAGCCAAGACGCCAUGCUGGAGAACCACAGGCCGCCGACCAAAUUGCCCCAAACACCCUCAUGUACUCCAGCCUUCUAACCAAUUGUCCGUUACAACUCAAGUCCCUAACUCUCGACUUUGGGGCUCUUUACUCCCUGACCAACCUCAAGAACCACGUGCCAGGCUACCCAACCGGCUGCCCGCCCUCGAUCGAGCGGCUCACCCUGGUAGGAAACAGGGUUGAGUCUGAACUACCGUACGAUUUGUUUACCAUCGAAGUCUUUUUCGAUUGGUUGAGAACAAACACGAAGUUGCGCGAGCUCAAGCUUAUCGACGACUUCGACAAGAUGAUUCAAUAUUCGGACAACAGGGCCACCGCCGAAGCCAACGGCAAUUCUGCAACAGUCGAACCCCUCAACUGGAACGACAUCCUGCGUGCAUACAAGAAAACUCUAGAAGUUCUUGUGAUGGGCUGGCACCGUCCUUCUGCCUAUGGUAUGAAGGCCCGGUUUGGCUUCUUGGGAAUGCUUGAUUGCUUGCCGGAGAUGGGUAAGCUGAGAUACCUCAAGGUGCCCUUGAUGGCUCUCGGAGGUACCGAUUUCAUCGUGCCAUUAGGCGACGAUGGCAAGCUCGUUGAGGCGGCCCGCACCAAGCUUCCUGCUAGUCUCAAGAGAGUCGAAUUGAUGGUUGUUAAUCCGCCAGCGACUCGGGCGGAGAGGACUGACCUCAAGUGGAGGGUCGUUAAGUGCCAGGUUGAAGGUCGGAUGCCUACUUCUUCAUGA